UUCCAUUACAGCGCAUCUGCAGGUAAAACAGAUCUCUGCACCGCGUCAAGCGAUCUUUAGUUUCUCGAUCGAUAGAUGGCGAGCCAGUCAAUCCCAUCGUCAUGCGCAUCUUCGGUCACUGUUGAUGUUUCACGUCGACUGACAACGUUCGAAUUACCGGCGAUUCCGACGGAUCUUUUGCGGAUAUUCCGAUUGAGGUAGAUCAAUUUGACGCGCAAUUAUGUCGAAGAUAACGGGGUAUGACACGCACGACGACGGUCCGGGAUUCGUGGGCAUCAGGUUUUGUCAGGAGUGCAAUAAUAUGUUGUACCCAAAGGAGGAUAAGGAGAACAAGGUGCUCAUGUACGCGUGCAGAAAUUGCGAUUUUAAGCAAUUGGCGGACAGCAACUGCAUCUACGUGAACAAAAUCAUGCACGAGAUAGACGAGCUAACGCAUAUCGUGGCCGAUGUGAUAUCGGAUCCUACGCUGCCGCGAACUGAGGAACACCCAUGCCCGAAGUGCAAUCACAGAGAAGCUGUAUUUUUCCAGGCGCAAACUAGACGGGCUGAAGAGGAAAUGAGAUUGUAUUAUGUGUGUACGAAUCAGCACUGCUCUCACAGAUGGACGGAGUGAAGAUCGUCCGGCAUACUUUUGUCCUGUUUGCUAUUUGUAAUUUAAUUCUUAUAAUCUUGGAAAGUCUGCUUGCACCAACGCUUGUGAGCUUUAAGUUUAAUUUAACUUUUCAUCUUUUUGCUUUUUGUAAUUCUUAAAAACUAAGAAAAAGUUAAAUCAAGUUUAAAGCAAGCUGCAUUGGUGCAAACAGAUAUAAUAUUCAUUUUUACUAAUGUAGAUUAACUUUGAUCUCGGUUUAAUUCUUUAUAAGCUCGUUAAGCUCUUUAUUUUUUUUUAGUUCAAAGAAUUAGAAAAAAAAUAAAGAGUAAGUUAAAAUAAGAUCAAAAUUAAUCUGUAUUGGUAGAAAUAUACAUAAAUUGUACAGAGUUGUAUGUGUGCUGGGAAGAGAUGCAUUGUAACGUGUGUAACAUGAAUAAAAAUUGUAUGUAAUAAAAAGAGUAACGAAGAGAA